AUGCAAUCAUCUGAAAACCUGCUUAUUGAAGAUUUUCAUUAAAACUUUCUCAACUUCUAUGCUAAAACCAAGGACAUUACUAAUGUUAGAUUUAAUUAUAUGAGAGAAUUAUAUAACCUAGGUGUGGAUACUUUUCCUGACAAUUAAGAGGUUUAUACCAUUCAACAAAAUAACAAGUUAAAUUUACAAUCUUAGUAAAAUAAACUAAAAAAGAACUGGACAGAUGAUGACAAAAAAGUGCUCAUAUGGUUAGUUGGUAAAUGGACUGCUUUCAAUAGAAGAGACAUAAAAUCUAUUGUAUAACAAUUCAACUCUAUAUUAAGAGCGAUGAUGACUGGAAUUCCAUAGCCAGUAUGAUGCCUAGGAGAGAUGCCUUUAAAUGCAAAUAAAAGUGGUUACAAAUGCUUAAGCUUCCAUUGUAAUAAGCUCCAUGGACUUUACCUGAAGAUGACCUAUUAAGGUCCAUAAUAUAUGACUACUAAAAUUUAAACAAAGGAAAUAAAUGGAGUUAGAUUGCUACCACUUUAAAUAAAAUAAGUGAAUCGAAUAUACAUAGAAAUGGUAAAUAGUGUAGAGAAAGAUGGAACAAUCAUCUUAAUCCUUUCAUCAAUCGGUAUAACUAUUAAUUUAAUAAAUACAAAGAAAUCCUUGGCAAUUAAAUGAAGAUUUAGAUUUGUUAUAGUUAUCAAUUUAAAAUGGAAAGAAAUGGGCAUUGAUUUCAAAAAAACUAAAAAUACCUAGAAGUGAGAAUAGUGUCAAAAAUAGAUUCAAUUGUCUCUUAAGGAAAGAAAGAAGUCAAAAAGCAGGGUAGGCUAUAUUUAUUAUAGAAGGAAAAAAGAUGAAGAAGAAAGCGAAUCAGAAGAAUCUAAGAUCUCUAAUUUUCCAUCCGCAGAAGAGUUGAAUCACGAUGAAAUCAAACUAAUACAUACUAUAAUAAAAAAAAUAGAGUGGAGAAUCCAAUAAAGCGAAAACCUCCGAGAAAAUGAGCAGAAAGAUAUUGUUAAGGAAGAACAUUUAGAUAUUAUUAAAAAAAUUAAAGUAGAAUCUAAUUUGCCUUUAAAAAGGGAUUUAAGACAUUCGCAAUCAAAUCCUAAUAAUUAAGAUAAAAUCAAUUUGUAAGUGAAAGAGUGUUAACUUACAGAAGUUGAAAUGAGCACUCUAUAACCAUGUUUAAUAAACAAAGAAAAAAAUUAAAUAUUUUUUGUAUCACCUGAAUAAUUGCAUAUUUAUUUAAAUAGAUCAGAAAUUAGUUAACAAAGCACAUUUUAAGAAAAUAACCUAUCUAAUCAAAAUAGUAUAGGUUCCUAUUAUUAUGAUCCUAAACUACUCCGAUCUUAUGUUAUGAUGUAAUCAAAUGAAUAUCCACAAAUUUAGAGUGGAGUUUAUUAAUAAAGAUCCAUUAUAAAUUAAAAUAUGUUGGGUAAUUUUCAAAGUCUUAAUAACUAUCCCUAUCCUUUGCCUAUGUCAUCUUACCCAUCUCAAGCAAAUUUAAUGGGUCAAUUAUAAAGAUGA